AAUGAGAUUGCGUGACAGCAUGAGUGACUACAUUCCUUAUUAGAGAAGAUGGUCGGUGGUGGAAAGAAACAUUGACCGAGACCAGUUUGAGAGAUCGAAACCCAUUCUUGUGUUGUGUGUGUGAUUUCCCCAAUUCAAUUCCAAUCAACUGUUGCGGUGACCGGGAUCAGAUGACGUCAGGUACGGCUAUGGCUGCUACUGUCUCUCACAUUCACCCUCAGCUCUCUUGCUCCACCACCCUUCGCUCUCACCGCACCCGCACCCUCCAACUGCUCCGGCGAUCCCACCUUCCAUCUCCUUCCGUUCGCUCCAAGUUAUCAAUUGUUAUGAGUCUGGAGAGGCAUGGCACAGAUACUUCCGAUUCUGAUACCAAAACUACACUAAGUUAUGCAGCUGAUGCAAAAGAAAACCAUGAUGCUGAAAAGAUAAGCUCUGAAGAGGCAGCAAUGGAAGGCAUCAGUCAACAGAAAGGCACUGCUAAAAUUCACGAUUUUUGUUUAGGCAUUCCCUUUGGUGGAUUUAUUCUAACUGCAGGGAUUAUUGGAUUCCUUUUUUCACGGAGCACCGCAACACUCACCAGUGGUGUGCUCUUUGGCGGUGCUUUACUAUUCCUCAGCACCCUCAGCUUGAAGGUCUGGAGGAAAGGAAAAUCAAGUUUACCAUUUAUUCUAGCACAAGCAGCAUUGGCAGGAAUCCUUAUGUGGAAGAACUUUCAGAGCUACUCAUUGGCAAAGAAAAUAUUUCCAACUGGCUUCAGUGCUAUUUUAAGUUCUGCAAUGCUCUGUUUUUAUUUGUAUGUGCUUAUCUCUGGAGGAAACCCACCACCUAAGAAAUUGAAGCCAUCUGCCAGCGUCGCAUGAUGAGAUAAUGAAGGUUUUGUUACCCUAUGUGAUGUGGGACAUAUGGUUGUUUUGCUGCAAAUUGAAGUAAGAUUGUAAGCUAGUUUGAUUAAGUCACUUGUGAAAGUAGAUCAGCAAAGAGGUGCCGAUUCGAUUAUUGCUUUGAAUUCCAAGGCACUUAUUGGAUUCUAUAUCAAAAAAUGAAAUUUGAUGAACUAAAAACCCAUCUGCAAUUUAUACUCAACAUAGAUACUAAGUUACAUAUGCAUCUAGCAUGAAAUUUGGACCUGAGAUAGGAAAUGGAUUAAACAGCGAGGGAAAAUUCAGUCAACAUACAACCCAUUUAUAUGAUUCUCUUGUCUCAUAUAUGGUAUAACAUUCUUAAUGAAUGCUUGAAAAUUGAAACAUGACUAGGUCAUGUCAGUGAGGAUUUGAUUCCCAUUGGUCA